AUGGCUUCACCUACCGGAGGCGCAGCACCAGCGCUCGAGCAAAUAGACGAAAAGAAGACGGUCUCAUCUUCGUCGCCGGACGAUUCCAUCUCUGUCCAAGAUGGCACGACUACGGAGCCGGGAAUGGUCCUCACUCACGACGAAUACCACCUGGCUACGCUGGGGUACAAGCAGGAGUUCGUACGGUGUUUGGGCUUCUUUGAGUCCUGGGCUGCUACGUUCACCUCGAUGAACUUCAUCAGCGGAAUUCCCGUGCUCUUCGGGUGGGUCAUGUAUACCGGAGGACCCAAGGCCGCCUUCGCAAACUGGACCAUGGUCGGGGGCCUCUCUUCCAUCGUCUCCCUUGUCAUGGCGGAACUGGGAGCUGCGUUGCCCACCACCGGUGGCAUAUACUUCUGGAGCUAUCGUCUCGGUGGAGAAAAGUACGGACCGUUCCUCAGUUGGAUGACGGCCUGGUGGAACUGGGCAGGCUGGGUCUUUGUCGUUCCUGGUGUUCAGCAAGGGUCGACAAACUUCCUAGUCAGCGCCUUGGAAAUCAAGUAUCCCAAUUCUGAAGUGCUGUACAAGGGCUGGUUCCUGUGGCUCCUCACAAGCAUAGGAAUGAUAUUCGCCAUGAUCCCCAACAUCUACAGUCCGAGACUGCUCCAGUGGUAUUUCCGCUUCGCCGUCUUCAUCUUCUUCUCGCUCUUCUUCAUGUACUGGAUCUGGUUCCCCGUGGCAGCAUCCAAGAAGCAUUUCAACUCGACACAUGGAGCAUUCGACCUCUUUUACAACGGCAUUAAUCUGGGAACCGAGAAACAGGCGUCCGAUGCAUACUGCUGGGUGAUUUCAGUCCUGUUUGGCGCAUGGGUCUUUUAUGGAUAUGAUGCCAGCGCCCAUCUCAGCGAGGAAACGAAGCAAGCAUCCACCGUUGUUGCCAAGGGCAUCUACAUUUCGACCUUCUCCGCGUGGUUAUUGUCUGUCCCGACCCUCAUCUUAAUCCUCUAUUGCAUGCAGGAUUUCGACGGCAUCAUCUCUGCGGCGUAUGCCAACAACUGGGCCGAAUAUCUUGUCCAGGUUGUCGGGGAGAAUGGUGCGGUUGCGAUUCUUUCAAUGCUUUGGGUCGAUUCGACAUGUGCGACCGCCUCCUGCUUCAUGUCGGCGCAAAGAGUAACGUACGCCAUUUCUCGAGACCAUGUUCUCCCAUUCAGCAAGUACUUCAGAAAGUUGUCCGACCGGAAGAUGGCCGUGAAUGCCGCUCUUUUGGUUUGCGCCAUCUCGAUUGCCGUAACAACUGCUGUCAUUGGAUCAACCGUCGCCUUUUCUGCCAUCACUGCCACUGCAACAAUUUCUACAAAUUUCUCGUACUUGUUCCCGAUUGUUGCCAGACAGACAGUGGGCCGUAAGUCAUUUGUGCCAGGCAAAUGGCAUCUGGGGAAAUUCUCUGCACCGCUGGCGCUCAUUGCCACGGUGUACAUAUCUUUCCUGUUUUGUGUCUUGCUGCUACCGCAACUGUACCCUGUGACCUCGGAGACGUUGAAUUAUGCACCAAUUUGUAUUGGCAUCAUCACUAUCGUUAGCCUGGGAGGCUGGUUCUUUCCUAAAUGGGGCGCGAUGCAUUGGUUCGAGGGUCCGAUCAAGACAUUCUCCGACGCCGACUUGAAGAAUGCGAGGGUUGAGGGCGGAGAGGCGACAGUCGAGGAAGGGGACGCCAUCAAGAACAUGAUGUUUGGCCAUCGUAAGAGCGUGGCGGAGUGA